AUGUCCCUAACCUCCAAAACCGCUCUAAUAACCGGCGGGGCCAAGAACCUCGGCGCCCAAAUCGCGCGCGAGCUCGCAGCCUGCGGCGCAAACCUCGCGAUCCACUACAACUCGGCCUCGAGCGAGCCCGAAGCGCGCAAGCUCGAAGCCGAGCUUAGGGACAAGUACCCGUCUAUCAAAAUCGCAAUCUACCAGGGCGACUUGACUGCUGCUGCGGCCGUCACGAAACUGUUUGACGAGACGCUGAGGGAUUUUGGAAAGGUGGAUGUGGUGGUUAAUACCGUGGGGAAGGUGCUGAAGAAGCCCAUCCUGGAGAUUAGUGAAGAAGAGUACGAUGAUAUGUUUGCGAUCAAUUCGAAGGUCGCGUUCUUCGUCCUCAAGGAGGCAGCCAAGCAUGUUGAAGAUGGCGGCAAGAUCAUCACCAUCGUCACUGCCCUGCUUGGUGCUUUCACUGGAUAUUACACCUCCUACGCUGGCAGCAAGGCGCCCGUCGAGCACUUCACUCGCGGCGUCUGCAAAGAACUCCAAUCCCGCCGCGUGAGCGUAAACAACGUCGCGCCAGGCCCAAUGGACACGCCCUUCUUCUACCCACAAGAAUCCCCCGAAGCCGUCGAAUACCACAAGGCGAACGGCAUGGGCGGGCGUCUGACGCUCGUCGAGGACAUUGCGCCUCUUGUGCGGUUCCUGUGUACCGAGGGGGCGUGGAUUACAGGCCAGACUAUCUUUGCGAAUGGGGGGUAUACGACUCGGUAG